AUGACUCAUGUUAUCACUGUAAUUUCUCGUGAUGCUCAACUACCAUCUCAUACAGAGUCUGAAGUACAACAAUUGAUAUGUGCAGAGGUAGAUCCGUCGCCCAAAAAGAAAGUACUUUCAUCUCGUGCUGUGGAAUAUGAAGUAAAGAUAGACAACGAUGACGAUGUAUCGAGAAUAACGUCAUUUUUGAAACAGAAACAACUUGAAAGUACAACAUACGAUAUAAUUCUCCAGAAAGCUGACCGAACAAAAAAAAUGGUCGUUUUUGACAUGGAUUCCACCUUGAUUUACCAGGAAGUCAUCGAGCUCAUCGCAGCAUAUGCCAAUAUAGAAGAUAAGGUGGCACAAAUCACCGAACGUGCCAUGAAUGGCGAACUAGACUUCACCCAGUCGUUGCAGGAGAGAGUGUUGUUGUUGAAAGGUAUCGACUCCACUUCAAUUUGGGACGAGUUGAAGUUGAAACUUGAAAUUACCAACGGCGCCGUGGAGUUGUGCAAGGCAUUGAAGAAGUUGGGUUUUGUUUUGAUGGUUUGUUCAGGAGGAUUCAUACCCUUGGCAGAACACUUGAAGCAGAAAUUGGGCCUCGACUAUGCGUUCGCCAAUCAGCUAGGGGUGGAUGAAAACCAGAUCUUAGAUGGUACCACCCAAGGAUACAUUGUCAAUGGAGAGAAAAAAGCCAGCUUAUUGACUGAAAUUGCUGGAAAACACGACAUAGACACAAAACAAGUGUUGGCUGUUGGAGAUGGCGCCAAUGACUUACCAAUGAUGGCAGCUGCCGGUUUCGGUAUCGCCUGGAAUGCCAAGCCAAGGGUACAGCAGUUAGCUCCCUCGUGCUUAAACUCCAAGUCGCUUCGUGAUGUGUUGUACAUUUUGGGCUACACAGAGCAGGAAAUAGAAGCGUUAAUAUAG